AUGGACAAGCGUAUUUCUCUCCUGAUCCCCUGUCAUAAGCCAGCUGGUCUUUGGACUCAUUUUACGAUAUCCCACUUGUUGUUGGCUCGUGUCUGCAAAAUAUUUUCGUAUAUGCUGCUAUAUAGGAUGGGUAUGAAACAAUACACGGAGGACAGGUGCUCGGCUGGGGUGUCCCGACGUUUCGACUUAUCUCGGAUUAGAGCGGGGCUGGAUCUUCCACCAAUCGAGUUGCGUCUAACAUCUUGCGAGGUGGUCCAAGUUAAAAUGCACCUCGACUAA